AUGUCGUCGAAUAAGGACGAAAGGGAAGUCAACGACGACACCUCUCCCGACACACGCGACAGUGAAACACCCUCAGACGAAAAUCCCGUAGUAGACGAGACCUUGUCAUGUCCUCUUCCAUCUCUCGUCACGAACAUUUCUCGUCAACUAGAUAAACUAAGACAGGAAGCAAUCAUAAAAGAGAAAAUAACCGAAGAAGCACGAAAUGCAGUCAAAGUGGUGGAGGACCAACUACGCACACUGCUUCACGGAUCAACGAUUUCUCCAGGGAACGCAACCAGUACGACGGAAGCUGUCCCUUCUGCUGAACUGUCGACAAGUGGUGUAGAACCAGCGGAAAAAAAAUGA